UUAGUGACUGAAUGGUACCUUCUCUCAAUGGAUCUACGUUGCUGCAGGUGUGAAGGGGUGAAGAGGGUGUGUGAGCCUGAGACCUGAGAGGAAGACCAGAAGACAAAGAGGAGGACAUACACAGAAAGAAGGCGAGGAAGACACUAAGAUCAGUGAAUUGGGAGGAGGACGCAUAUCAAGAGUAUCACACUGAGCUGAUGCCAACUGAGGCUGUCAGCACUGACAUCUGACUGACACACCAACACACAGUCGUGCACAAUGCCAGCAGGAGGGCAGAGGUUCUCGGACAUGGAGAUGUUAGUUGGGAUGGAGCAUGGGCGAGUGGACACUGCCAGGAGCAGAGCUGGGAGCUGUGUGGAGUUUCACAGCAUCAAGAAGAUGAAGACCUUGGCCCAGAGACGACAGUCAGCUCCCUCACUGGUCAUCAGCAAAGCACUUACCAGAUCGAGAAGCACGUCCAGGGAAAGCUGCAUGACGCCAGUCAGUCCAGAGUCCUGUUCCCUGGUCCAGGCCUUCCUGGCUGAAUGUCCACGCCGCCUAUUCCUGGGUCAUGCCCAAACGCAGCUGAAGACGGGCCUGCAGACCCAGGAGAGACACCUCUUCCUCUUCACCGACACACUGCUCGUCGCCAAGGCCAAGUCUCCCACUCACUUCAAAGUGAAGGCCCAAGUCCGAGUGUGUGAGAUGUGGACAGCCAACUGCAUGGAGGAGGUGUGUGAGGGAAGCACCAACCCAGAGAAGAGCUUCGUCAUGGGCUGGCCCACCUCCAACUGUGUGGCCACCUUCAGCUCCGAGGAGCACAAGAACAAGUGGCUGGCACUCAUCAAAAGUCGCAUAACUGAGGGGAAAGAGAAGGACGACCCAAAGACCAUCCCUCUGAAGAUAUUUGCAAAGGACAUUGGAAACUGUGCAUAUGCCAAGACGCUUGCGGUCAGCAACACUGACAGCACCACUGAUGUCAUCCGCAUGGCUCUGCUGCAGUUUGGGAUAUCGGGUUGUGUCAAAGACUACCGCUUGUGGGUGAACUCCAGUAAGGACGACCCUCCGUACCCUCUCAUCGGCCACGAGUUUCCCUUCAGCAUCAAGAUGAGCCACAUUCGGGAUGGUGGGAGCAGUGGUGGAGGCCUGGGAGGAGGCGGAGGAGCCGGGAGGGAUCCAGCGAGCCCCACGGACUGCCCAGGGGUGCUGCUGCUUGACCAGUGUCUCCCUCCAGACACCCAGUGCCAGUUUAUCCUCAAGCCCAACAAGUCGACUCUGGGACAGGCUCCACUUAUAGAGCCUGGUCAGCAGAAGUCUUUUAAGCGGAAGAGGUCUCUGAUCAACUGGCCUUUCUGGAGAGGCUCCAACACACAGCUGGACGGCCUGCCCCUGUCCCCGACCUCGCUCUCCCCCACUCUGGGACGGCUGUUUGGGCGACCCCUGAGCUCCGUCUGCUCUGCGGACCACGGCCUGCCCAAGCCUGUCAUGGACAUGCUGGUGUUCCUGUACCUGGAGGGGCCGUACACCCGGGGCGUCUUCAGGCGCUCAGCUGGGGCCAAAGCCUGCAGGGAGCUUCGAGACAGACUGGACAGUGGCAACGAGGACCCGGAGAUCACACACCAGUCUGUGUUCGUCAUCGCCGCCGUCCUGAAGGACUUCCUGAGAAAUAUCCCAGGCAGCCUGCUGUGUGUGGAUCUGUAUGAGCAGUGGAUGGAGGUGAUGGAGGGAGAAGGAGGGGAGGAGAGGAUGCAAGCUGUCCAGAGGUUGCUCCACCUUCUGCCCACCGAGAACCUGCUUCUGCUGCGACAUGUGGUCGCUGUGCUGCACUGCAUCCAAGGCAACGCCCACGACAACCAGAUGAACGCCUUCAACUUGUCCGUCUGCAUCGCUCCCAGCAUGCUUUGGGCUCCGGUGCCAAGCACCCCUGAGAUGGAGGGGGAGGGCACCAAAAAGGUGUGUGAGCUCGUUCGUCUCCUCAUAGAGAACUGCAGCAGCCUCCUGGGAGAAGACGUCACCUCGCUGUUCAGAAGCUUCAGCCAGAAGAGCAGCAGCAGUGACCACGGAUCAGAUGUGUCGUCCUUCCAGAUGAACGACUCAUCCUACGACAGUCUCGAGAACGAGCUGAACGACGACCCGGAGUCUCCCUUCCAGGAACAGCUGCCCCUCCGUGACAAGGACAAGCCAGACAGCCGCAGCCGUGACUCCGUCAUCACCCUCAGUGAUUGUGACCCUGAUCCCGACCCUGAUAGCGACCUCCUGCUGCAGCUCCCCCCACUGGCCAGACCCAGGAGGUUCAGCCCUGCGGUCCGCCAACCCCGCACCCGCCAGGCCAACGGGCCGUCGCAGGGUCCCAGGAGGCUGAGGAGGAGUUCAGAGCCAGCUCUGGCCCUGACAAGCACACCGCCAAUGGGCACAGUGACAGUUCAUGCUGAUAACCUACCAAUGAGGAAGGCGAGCUAUGAUGCCGCCAUGGAGGGGGAGAGGGGGGAGGACGAGGUGUUUCUGGAGCAGGGGCUGAGCGGGAUGCAGCUGAAGGAGGAGGAGGAGGAGAAGGGAUGUGAGAAGGGAGGAGCCAAAGUCCAGAAUGGCGGGCGCAGGAAGACGAAGCACGCCCCUCCACCUCCGUUGCGGCUGGAUGCCAGCUGCUCUAGUCUGUCGUCACCAGCAACCUCGCCCACAGGCUCCUCCCUUAGCUCUUUGGACUCCGCCUUCUCACAGUACUCUACUGACUACGCCACCAAUGGGGCGAUUCCACUGGCUGAGCCUGCUCCGCUCUCCUCUCUCUUUCCUGGACGUCCCCCACUUUCACCCAGAGACUCCCCCCCUCAGAGGGAAGCCCCGCCUCAGUGGCCACAGCCCAACCAGGCCCCUCGGACCAGUCAACCCCCUGCACACCCUCAUGGCCUCCACCCGAAUACGUGGCUCAAGAAGGACCGCCGCCUGUCGUUAAGACAGUCUGAUAAUGGACACUCAGAGGAGGACUUGCCUGUGGUAAAUUGGAAAACCCACCCAACCAGUAACGGCUACUCCGUCAGUGCCCAGGAGGCGGCGGUGACAAACCGCAACUGCCAGCGGAGAUCCAGCAGCCCUCCGUCCUACCAGCAGGCUCUACUGCAGCUGCAGCGCAGCCGCUCCCCGUUCUACAGGGGGACAGAGAAGCCUCUGACGGUCAAAGAGCUGAGACAGCUCCACGACCAGACCUGCACCUACAGGCUGCUGCUCCCAGCCUCCCCUACACACACAGGAAGUGAGGUCACACAGAGGCUGGCUAGGAACGAGUGCGUUCAGCCGCCGCAGGGUGUUUUCUAUGGACAGAACGCCACCACUCUGGUCCUCCAGAGGCAAAAGUCCCACUCCCUGACUCCGGCCCUGGAGGGACACAAAGGGCGGAGGACCCUCCCUCUUCCCCGCCGAGCAUCUGAACCUGCCAAGGUCACUACAAACUCUAACUUCUCCUCCAGCCUCACCCUGGACAGACCCUCUAAAGGCCAACUUCAAGACAGCGGCCUGAAAGUGUCAGAGGUGGAGCCCAACCACACCGAGCCACGCUACUGCCUGUCUCCCUCCGCCACUCGGGCUGUACGGGACUACUUUUCCUCCCAGGGUCAGGAGGAUGCAGACGCCUGCCUGAGGAGGAGUCAGGAGGUGGCGCUGGCUAUCGUGCAGGGGAAGAGGGAGUGGCAGAGCAGGCGGUGCAGCGACCCACGAGUGGACGACUUUGACCAGCUUUUUUUUGCGGAGGAGUCUUAUGUGUAAAUAAGAACUGUGUACGAACAAACAAACUGUGUAUGAGAGACUGAAUUUUAUCUGAUAUUUUCACUUGUAUACAAAUGUCUUCAUUGUUGAUGUGAUAAUAUCCCCCGUAAACACCUUUUCCUUCUGGCAGCAGUAGUCAAAUAGAGAAAGGUGUUGCUGUUUACUGCAGUGGUACAUCUAAGGUUUAAGAUUUUAAAAAAGGUACAGAUCCACUUUCUGCUCCCACAUUUCACCUCCUUGCGGUUGUAAACUGUUAGAAGUUUUUCUGAUACCCCCUCUUACAUGAAAUUGUGUCAGACUUCUGGCAAACAGCAGAUUGAAAGGUUUAAGUUGUUGGUAAUUAUCCACAAUAUUUCAAGUUUGAAAACUCUUUCAUGUAUUUAACCAUGGCGUUCUGCAGCAGGGAUUUAUGGAGCGUUGAAACCUGAUUCUGUGAAUUCAUUACAGAGGACAUCUGGAUUCCUAAACAAUCAUUAAAGCCUGUUGUCAAACGGGUCAGAGUUACAGCUUUUGUGCCAAAAUCUGGUUCCCCUGAGACAUAUUUUUCUUUGGCAGCAUGUCCUCAUUUUGCCUUUCAGAAUGCGUCAUUGCUUUUUUAAGCACACAAAAAAAAGAAGAAUGAGGAGUUCUUUAGAAAUGAAAGAGAGAGGACAGAGGUCUUUUUUUUCUUUUAUUCUCUGGAGGCUCGUAAAAUGUAUUUUUCAAAAUUUCCAAAGCCAGCCGGAAAUCCAUAAAGGCUGGUGUGAAAAUCAAGGCCAGGAAACAUUUUGUAGUUGUUUUUCAACGGGGAAACAUUUCAGAUUUUAGAAAACAUUUGCCUGAAUCUGCAUGAAAAUUCAGAUUUUGCACAAUAUCUUCACAGUUUUUUGCGCGUAAGGAAUCACAUCAAGAGGGAUGCAAAUUUUGGCACAACAAACAUUAAAGGGGACCUAUUUAUACUUAUAUUUAGGGUUCAGACUAGAACAUGUUUACAUGCUUUAAAGUUCUAACAACACUUUAUUUUCCUUAUACCAUCUGUGUUGGAACACCUGUAGUCACCCUCUGUCAGUUUAAGCGCCUGUUUCUUUACGCCCCCUCCUGCAAAAGCUCAGUCUGCUCUGACUGGUCAGCUUUUCCUUGUCUUCCGUAUCUUGGCGUCUCUGCACCGCCAUUGCAGCUGAGAAAUGACCGUAACAAAGUACAGCGCCACUUUCUACUGUGAAAACACAAGUAAAAGCUUCUGAAUACAAAAGAGAAAUUAACAUCUGUAACCAAGAUUAUAUGUUUCCCUGAUGUUAGCAUGUAGCUACAUGUAGCAGUGUAUUUGCAGCCUGGGACUGUAACAGAGAAUAGUGGCUCUUUCAACGGUGAAAAAAUCACCAAUGACAGCUUUGAAUGACAAAGUGUUCCAGCAGGACUAUGAUCUGAAAUCAGGGAGAAAUCAGCAACCAAUAUUAUGUUUCCCUGAUGUUAGCAUGUUGCUACAUGUAGCAACGUACUUGCAGCCUGGAAAUGACUGUAACAGAGAAUAACUGCUCUUUCAACAGUUAAUAAUCAUCGAUAAAAGCUUCAAAACUCAACAGGACAUUUUUCAGCAGGAAUAUGAUCUGAAAUCAGGGAGAAAUUAACAACAGCAAGCAAGAUUGCAUGUUUUACACAUCCCUGAUGUUAGCAUGUAGCUACGUGUAGCAGUGUAGGCAGUGUCAUGUAAACUCUUGCAGUUGCAUGCCUGGAAUUGAUGACUAUAUAAAGAAAUCCGGGACAGUUUGAUGUCAUACUGUUGCCAGAGUAGAAAAAAACUAUUAGGGACUACUUUUACAUAUGUUUACCUAAACUUUAGCCACAAUUAAUAUGAACAUCUGUAACAUUAUAUAUGAAACAAAAUAUGGAAAAGCAUAACAGGUCCCCUUUAACGCUGCCUUCAAUCGCAGUGAUGACAACAUGGUGACUGCUGUGAAUUCAUGCAAAUACUAUGAACAUGUUUUUAGCUCCCUCCAUAACACCUGUGAUGUUUGCUGCAGAGCCAGAGGAGGAACGUUUUCAGACAGAUGCCUCCGCUGUACAUACUUAAACCAUCUUAACGGCAUUCAUACCUUUUGUGACAAACUGCAUCUGUAAAGUGAAACAUUUUUUCCCCAGAAAGUGAAGUGUUCGUCUGAAUGAGUGAAUCAAUAGGGCCGCUAUUUAUUCAUAUGAGCCGAGUUCCCAGACACACAGCACUCAGUGUUGUCCUCUGUGGCUCUGGUUUAUAUCUCUGUGACCUGGGAGGGAGGGGAGGGCAGAGGGGGGAGGGAAGAGGAGAAACUGUCGGUGUGCGUGGGUGAGAGAGCGUCAGAGUGUCGUGUUUGAAAAUGAUGUGAUCAUUGACAGCGUGUCCUGAGCAGGAAUGUGAGAAAACGUGUGCCAUUGAAGGAGAGAUGUCCUUUAUUCUUGCUUGUAUAGCACUUCAUUAUUCUCAACAAGAAACCCAUUCUGUCUCACAUGAAUGACGAGGACGCAGCCUGUUGUGUGUGUGUUGAGUUGUAUGUGUUGUCAAUAUUAAUAUGAUAUUUUUGUUCCAGUGCUGCUGUCAAUGCAGUGCUGAUGUCUUAGGUGAUGCUUAACAACCAAUGGCCUUGUUUCACUGUGUAUUAUUAACUGAGACGUAUACUUACAGAUAAAAUAUCUUCAGCAGUUGUCAUGUGUAUUAACUCAGUGUUACUGUGAACUUAACAUAGCUUUUCCACAGGAUCACACACUGCAACAAGGUCACUGCCGUGUUAAGCGUCACCAUUUUAAAUGGUCUCAAACCUUUUACCUGUAUUAAUAAUAUUAUAAUUGUUAUCUCCAUUACAGUGAAUCGUGUCCAACGUGUAUAGUUCUGCAUAUUUAUGAUACAGAAAUAUAUAAAUAUAUAUAUAUAAAUAUAUUACCUUGUACUUUGGUAUGUCGUGUUGUGUGAGGAAAUCAAAUGUGUAUUUUUGUACAUGCCAAUUCUGCUGCUGCUGUCUCUAUAGAAAGUAUAUUUGCUACCAAACGCACCAUUUGUAUAUUGUGUACAUCUGAUGUCCGAUGCUCACGAGAACAAAAAUGUCCUUGAUUUUAAUAAAUGUCGCUCU